UUAUAUUAGUGCAGAACACUGUACCUUUAAUUUAAAUGCCCUUGGAGUCUGCUGGGGAAGAGAAAUAAUACUGUCAGUCAGUUAGACAUGCAGAUGAGUGCCGUCGAUCUUAGAAUCACCGCACACUUCACUCAUUUGGGCAGUCACGGGGCACGACGAAGAAGAUGGCGCAGGUGGCGGUGGAGGCAGCAGCAAUGGAAGGCCAUACAGCACCCUAUCACAAAAUGGAACCCACCAACAGUGUAAGGAGACCUGAAAGUGGCACAUGGCAGAGUCUGGCGAUGAAGUCAGCAGCAAUGGGAGGCCAUACAGGGACCCAUGACACACUCUGGACCUGGCAGCAGCAAGAGGAGGCGGUACAGGGGCCCAUGGAAGAGUGGCAAAGCGUAAGCAGCUUAAAUUGAAGGCCGUACAGAGGCCUAUGUUAAAAAGUCCCCCCAGCAGCAGCGUGGGGAGACG